CUGUGAGGGAAAACCCCGUGAAAGCGUAGUGUCCGUGAAUGAAAAUGUUUUAUAUGUUUUAAGUUUCACACUAUUAAAUUAGGUGGGAAAAGGUGAGAUAUAUUGAUCUAUGAGGAUAUUUUCUCACCUUGGGAGACGAGCUUUGACUGUUGUGGAAGCUUGCAGACAGCAGAAGUGUGGAAUGGCUGACAUGGUCGGGCAUGGCCGCAGGUGUGUGGUGGGAGUGUGUCAGAUGAACUGCACCUCUGACAAGGAGGCUAACUUCAGCGUCGGUAAAUCACUCAUCACCAGGGCAAAAAGGCGAGGUGCAAAGAUGGUAUUUCUGCCAGAGUGUUUUGAUUAUGUUGGAGAAGACAAGGAAAAGUCCUUAAGCAUGGCAGAGACGUUAGAGGGAGAUCUUAUAACACGGUACAGACACUUGGCUAAGGAGCAGGAUGUCUGGCUGUCUUUAGGUGGAUUUCAUCACAAGGGUCCUCCAGGAGAUGGGAAAGCAGCGAUAAAGAACAUGCAUAUUAUCUUGGAUAAUCAGGGGGACAUCAAAGCUCAUUACAGUAAAACACAUUUGUUUGACAUUGAAAUAAAGGAUAAAGUUUGUUUGAAGGAGAGUGAUUUUGUAAUACCUGGACAAAAGAUUGUACCUCCAGUCCCUACACCUGUUGGGAAAGUUGGGCUGGCUAUUUGCUACGACCUACGCUUCCCAGAAUUGUCAAUUGCGUUAACUCAGCAAGGGGCGGAGCUUCUGACCUUCCCAUCAGCCUUUACUCAGACAACUGGCUUAGCACACUGGGAGAGCCUUUUAAGGAGCCGAGCCAUCGAGAACCAGUGCUAUGUCCUUGCUGCCGCUCAGACAGGGAAACACAAUGCUAAGCGCACAUCAUAUGGGCACGCUAUGAUUGUAGACCCUUGGGGGUGUGUAGUUGCCCAGUGCCAUGAAGGAGUGGAUGUGUGUUUUGCAGAGGUAGACCUGGAUUACCUGCACAAGGUGCGCACGGACAUGCCAGUACAACAGCACCGGCGUCAAGACCUCUACGGUUACAUUUGUGUGUCUCACAUAGGUGAGAUUGAAAGUGAUGACAGCUACCAGUUUGGAGAUUUUUCAAUACGAAACACACAGGUGUUUUUUCGCUCAGCGCUGUGCAUAGGUUUUGUCAAUAUCAAACCUGUAGUACCUGGUCAUGUAUUGGUGGCCCCACUUCGACCUGCUAAAAGAUUUGCAGACUUAACACAGCCUGAAGUGUCAGAUAUGUUUGCCUGUGUUCAGAAGAUUUCUGGAGUAUUGGAGGGAGAAUACGGGGCUAAGUCUCUCACGAUUGCUGUACAGGACGGAGAACAUGCAGGCCAGACAGUGCAGCAUGUCCAUGUUCAUAUCCUUCCAAGAAAGCCAGGAGAUUUUGCCUUCAAUGAUGACAUUUACAAAGAGUUGGAUGCCCAUGAUAAGAAUGUAACAAGUGAUAAAUCCAAACUGCGUUCAGAGGAAGACAUGGCGGAAGAGUCCUUUCGACUGAGAAAAUUAUUCCGUCAGUGAAUUCCUGUGUCCCUUGCAUUCAUCUCAGAAUAUUAAUUGAAAGUGUAAAGAAAUAUAUCCAAACCAGAAUGUAAGUAGAAAGAAACUUUUUUUAUUUGCGAAUGUAAUUUUUAAAUUAUUUCUCAAAAUUUGGGUGGAGGACAAAGAUGAGAUUUAUCCAGUGUACAUUUUAAUCAUGCCUGUACUAUGUACUGUGUUCAAAUUGUUAUUAUUUUCUUGUUUUGGUAAAUUUAGUAAAUACAUGUAGUUUUCAUAUGUAUUCAGAAAAUGGGUUAUGAAGGAAUAUGAUUAUCCAAUUAAAUCAUGCAAAACUCGAAGAAUAAAAAAAAACUGCAUUC